AUGCCCUCGUUCUGGAACGUAGGCGCAAUCUCUUUCAGUCUUUUGGCAGGAAUCUGUCAGGCCAAUCUUCUUGGUGAUACUCAUCUGCUCAAGAGGUAUCCUCAAGCUGUUGAGGUGCCACCAGCUGCCACAAGUUUGCCCAGCACUAUUCUGCCCGGCAAUGGUAGUACUGUUGGAAGUUCCAUUCGACUCCUUCUCCCAACUUCAACGCGUCAAUUAGUUGAAGCCACUACGCUUUACUCGCGAGAGAGAUCUGGCAUCAGUACAGAUGCCGCUACAGAUAAUAGCGUUGGGGAUGGAGCCUCUGAUCCUCCCAGUCAUCCAACUAGGAUUAUCUCUGUCUCAUCACCUGGAGGCGGAAGUACUGCUGUCACUCCGGUUGAGGUCGACUGGACAGGUUUAUUUCCCGUCACUCCUUCAGUCAUUCAGUCUUUUCGCAGAACUACAUAUCAGUCGUCUUUAGAGAACCCAGCUGCCACUGAGCCAUCCACUGGCACCACGAUUGAUCCUGAUAUACCCUUACACGACGGUAGUGGUACGGCCACUGAGCCAAGCACUACAGAGAUCUCACUUCGUCCGACAUCAAUGACUUUGUCGGGUACCUCUGGUACCUCAAGAGGUGAAGCCGAAUCUAAGAUACCCAAUACUGCUAUCGAGACGGAAACUUUUCCAAGCGAAGCCUCGCAAUAUUCCAAAGAUCUUACAGCUUCAUCGUUCACGACAUUGUCAGAAGAAAGCACUGGCACAUAUGAAUCAACACCUACUACAGACCGAUCGGAGGGUGAUCUGGAGACUACAGGCCAGCCUUCUAAAGCCGUUACCCCAUCCGAUGAAACUUCUAAAACCUAUGAGAGUUUCCAAUCAGCAACUGAAUCUGAUGCUACCGGGUUGGAAAGUCUAACAGCUCCGACAUACUCGACAGACACCUUCCAGCUCACGACCACUGUCGAGAAACCAGAUGGAGUCACAAAGUCCGACCGCAAGUCUCUAGUCAGUGAGAAGACGUCAGGAUCUCCCCAGCAACCGAUAACCACGGGUGGCCAGGCCUCCUCGACUGUGACCUCGGAAGAUGGCAUUGUCACAGGGACGGAUGGGACAGUGGCAACAUAUGUUCCUGAGCAGAAUAAAGACUACAUCUCGUCCACUGGCACCACUACCACCACUGAUGACAAUGGCGCUGCCAUUGUUAUCUUUCCCUUCGGCUGGUAUUGGAAGUUGCAUGACGGUAAGGGAGGUGGCGGCGUAGCAAAACCUCCUGCUCCGACGGCCAACCCUGUCCCAGAGAAUGAGCCUGGGGACAAGAAUGAAGACGACAAUGACAAUGACGACGAUGAUGACGCCUCAACUAAGGAAGGUGACAGGUCUGCAGCCCAAUCUACAGUACUUUCAACCACUCAAGAGCCAACUUCCGCCGCCACCACCACCACUUCCGAGGAAACAACUUCCGACGAAUGCACAGCCGCAACACAGCCAGACUGUACAAAGACCAUCUCAUACAUGACCUCAGACGGAACCCAAAUUAUGACCGAGUUUGGCGACUGUCCAACAAUCGUCAGCUGUGCCACGAAGACACAAGCCACAGAAACCGUGACUUUGACAUCGGAGUUCAUUUGGGCUGGCGUUCCAAACACCAAUCCCGCCGUUGUCAUUCCAGAGGAUGCUUACACCGCUGAUGUUGAUCCAGAGAUAGUCGCAAUUCUGGAAGCGCAAUGGGCGGAGAUCUUUGGUGAUGAUGAUGGUUGGAAUGAUACUGAAACAGCCACUGUUUCUGGUUCAACCACGAUAGAGGAGUCAACCAUGACUAGUCUGACCGAUAAAGAAGCAGUCUCUACCGCCACCUCUGAGGAUUCUACGACUACUUACUCUGAUAGUUUGACUUCGAGUACAGAAGCAACUGCCACUCUCACAACAGCCUCUGAUACAUACUCAGUCACAACAGUCCCCAGCACGUUGAUGACCAAGACCAGAGGCACUAGCGAUACUACUGGCAUGCCAGUAUCUACCGAUGAAGAGGCGACUCGCACCUACUUCCCAUGUGUCAUCCACGGCGGCCCUGCAGUUGAGACGCCAUAUUGCCAGUGCUCAACUACCGUCAGGGGUGAGGGUUACUACGCAACGACUAGCUUGGUUGACGACCAGUGCACCGCAUACACAGAAUUCCCAUCACAAAUCACUGAAGCACCUGAGACUGGUCCCAUCACCGAUGAACCUAUCCAGCAACCCAUCACCACCACGACAGACGGGACGGUCUUGGUCUGGUCAGCUUACGUACUCGAUUAUAUCAACAUCCCAGGCAUCACAAAGAUCACCCAGUCAGUCGGCGUAGGUGAACCUUCGACAGUGUCUACUCCAUUGCCAAGUCAGACGGCUGUAGAUAAUGAUGGGGGUGGACAAUGCGGCACUGGUGAUGGUCUGUCCAAGAAAGGUCUUCGUGAAGCUUGCGACAGAGCAAUCAGUAAGUUUGAGGAUGAUACCAUUUACAGUGACUAUGCUUCUCGCUACAGCCGCUCAACCAAAGGUAUCCUUGUUGCAGCAUCCUUCGGCCAAGCGGCAUGCAUUGCCAAAUUUGAGUGUGACGAUUACGGUAUUGGCAUGAAAGGUUCUGACAUCAAAGAAGCGUAA